AUGAGUGCAAGUGAUACAACAAAGUACAAUCAAAUGUAUAAAAAUAUUAAACGGCCGUAUGCCAACGUGGAUUUUUCAAAGAUUCCAUCAUGGGAUAUUGUAAUGAGAAUAAUGGAGCAACAGGCAAAUGAAGCUAAGAAACAAAAAAUUUUAAUGCCGCAAUCGAUAGCAAAUUACGAAUAUCAACAAACACUUCCACCUUACAACAAUUAUGUAUCAAAUAGAAAUACGAGCACGGAAGAGAUUGAUAGCAGCAGUUGUUGUAGCGAUGAAUCAAUGUCACCAGCUACAUCAUCCAACAAUUCAGAUGAAUCACAAAGCGAAAGUGACAUUGAAAUUGAUGUUGACAGUAUAGAAGAGGAAAAUGACGAUUAUUAUGUGUCUCCAAUGGACUCUCAUAUACCAAUCACCGUUUUACAACUUGAAUCGAAACUCAUGGAGAAAGAAAAGAAUCAAAGUUGA